AUGAAUGCCACUGCAGCGGCUUCUACUAACACUAUGGAGAAUGUUCCGCCAAUAUUUAUAACACAGACAGCACCACCACCACCUCCACCGUUGGUGACGGUACCGCCACUUUUGCCGCUCUUACAAUCUAUACCCACAGUAAUGCCACCAUCACCACCUCGCCUACCAACAGAAACGUUUGUACCAACACUAGCUGCUCCAGCAGUGUACACAGCACCACCAGCACAACAAGCAAAUUCAGUUCAGAAUCAACCACCUCGACCCUCAUUUGAUGCAAAUAUACCUUUUAAAAUGUAUACAUACUAUAAUCCGAACGCUGCGUGCAUCCGAACAGGGUGUAAAUUUUGGGUGUUCGGAUCAUCGAGGCCCUACUGUAUGUCAAGAAGUAGUACAUCAAGCCUACAAACAUCAACAAAUGGCUUAAAUCGUCUUCUUAAUGGACAAUAUGCAACAAAACAUCAAACUGAAACGACUUCGUCUGUUCAUCAUCGCGCUCAAGCAUAUCUGAGCCAUGGCGUAUCUUCAACGAAUGUAGCAUCGAGACCGACUGCUCCGGCGUCGUAUCCAACGUAUCAACUAGGGAUGCCACGAAUAGCGAUUGUCCAAUACUGGAAAUGUGAUGGAUUCUAUCCAGUCAUCAUCCAAUGA